AUGCCGCGCCCGGCGGGAAGGCACCGGGCGGCCGCGGGUUCCGCUUCCGGGCCGGCAUUUUCCCCGCGUCCCGGGCGGGAAAUGGAGGCGCCGCCGGAGCCGGAGCCGGCGGGCGCGGGGCCGGGGGAGGCGGGCGCGGGGCCGGCGGACGCGGCGCGGCGGGACCCCCGGGUGCGCUGCUGCUCGCGGCGCGGGCUGGGCGCCGUGCUGGAGCUGUGCGCGCCCUUCGUGCGGGCCCUGGCGCAGGGACAGCCCGGCGGGGCUGCCGCCGAGGCAGACGUGCUCUGGAACUUCGAGACAGCGGUGCGGGAGAACGUCACCAUUAACGGGCAGCCCUGGGAGGAGGCCUCGGAUGACUCCCGGCUGCUGAGCGAUUCCAAUAUUAAAAUUCUGGAGGAUGAAUUUGAUGAAUUAAUAGUAGAGACAGCAACUAGGCGUAAACGGUGGCCUAAAAAGAUCCUGGUGCAUGCUAUCCAAACCAUGAAAGCAGAGCAAGAGAUGUUGAAGCUCUACCAGCCUGUGGUAAAACCAGCAGACAUAAGACCUCAGCCUUCUCAAGAUGCUUACAUCGCAGAUCUGAAGCAGGUGACGGAGGUGGCAUCCAAACAGAUCAGCGAAGCAAUGCAGUCUAUUCCAGCACUCAUAGAAAAAGCAGAAGGUUUUUCCCAAGCAUUGACUUUGCAACCAGCCUUGGAACUCUGCAAGCUGCGGCAAGAAGUCUUUUCUGGUUUCAAGGUGAAGGAGGAAAAUGAUGUCCAAAGUUCAGUACCACCAGGAGAAGUCACACCAACAGGAACUGUUCGCAGUAAAAAUCCUUAUGUUUUGCUGAAAAGAAGAAAAGCUGCAGAUUCCCCUGAGAGAAGGCGCUACCCACUGCGGCGGAGGAAGAUCACUCUCAGUGCUUGAAUUUCUCAUUUUGUGUUUUCACAUUGGAAUCUCAGUUGUACUUUUGUUCCAUGUGUUCCAUUUUUUUCUUAGAACUCAUCUCCCCUCAGUGCUAUGCAUAGGAGCUUCUUUAAUUUGUCUUUGACCUCUUAAAUAUUUCUAUUUUUGCUGACAUGCUGAUGGUGUAUGGUACAUGUACCAGUAGCAUCCAGUAUCCAGCAAGUGUAUUAGCCAUUUAACUCAUUUUUUGCUCUUAUAUUGCAGUUUUUAGCUUGAGUCCUUGUGCUUCUCAGAGUUCGUGUGCAUGCUUUAUGUAUGUGGGCAGUCUUUUAGGAAACCACUAACUGCUCAUUUAUAUUCAGCAGGUCUCUAAAGAGGUUGGAGAAUGUCUAGUUCUCCUAAUGCACCUUUAUUAAUUACUGAGGCAUGUGGCUUUUAUAUUAAGGAAUUAAUUUACACUGCAGCAUAUUGAAAUCACCAAAUCUGAUGCGAUGUUGGAGUUUUAAGGAAGUCCAUGCACACAUGUGACAUUAGUCCUUGCUAUUCUACCUUUCCUGAAUGUAGGUCAUUUAGGCUUAUUUAUAGUCAUGUUUGUUGAAACUUGGAUUUUUAGUAAUUGUAUGUAUUUACUUGCAGUGUGCUCUUCUGAACAUGAAUUCAAGCAUCAACAUCCUAGGGUCUGAUAUAUCAUUUCAUGUAAUCCAGUUAUGCACCUGAGGUUUUCCUGAGCAAUAUUUCUACCCAAGAAAGGAUCUGGACUUGGGUUAUGUUUGCAUUUUGCUGUUUGACUAAGCUUUAAAGAUCAGUAGAGGCUACCAGUUAAUGAUAUUCACUUGAGCUAGCUUACUUUUGUUUUCUUCACUCAUUAGUGCCUAGAAUAUUGGAAAUUAGUACUAAAUUGAGCAUUGUGCCUUAACCAUUUAUAACUUUUUCUAGUUUGUGGUUGCAUGUGCCUGCAGUAAAUACUACUGUGUAGUGUGUAACGUAUUUGUUACACAGUAAAUAGAGGGGGGGUUUUAGAAGCUUUAUUAAUGACAUGUUUGGUGCUAAGAAAACAGAUUUUAGCAUCAUUUAUUUUGUAAAAGUGAGCAUCUGUACUGAGACUUUGUAUAUGUAAUCAUAUGUAAAUAUUUUUCCUGACCUUGUAUAUAGAAAUGUGUGUUUUUAUAUGAAGUAAAUUAAAUCAAUUAAGGAAGAUCAAA